AUGACAAUUAUACUGGGUAUUGAAGGAAGUGCAAAUAAGUUGGGUGUCGGAAUAGUGCAAGAUGGUAUAGUCCUUGCUAAUCCAAGAGUAACGUAUAUUACUCCACCUGGAGAGGGUUUCCAACCGACAGAAACAGCUAGAUUUCACCAAUCUCAUAUCAUUGAACUUGUUCGAAAGGCUAUCAAAGAGGCAAAAAUCGAUCCAUCUGAAUUGAAUGCGGUUUCUUAUACCAAGGGUCCUGGAAUGGGAGCUCCGCUUUUAACUGGUGCUGUUGUUGCUCGUACCCUCGCCCAAUUGUGGAACAAACCACUGAUUGGAGUUAAUCAUUGUAUAGCACAUAUUGAAAUGGGUCGCCUUAUCACCGGUGCAAAAUCACCUAUUAUACUCUAUGUCAGCGGUGGUAAUACACAAAUCAUUGCUUACGUUUCUGGUCGUUAUCGUAUUUUCGGUGAAACAAUUGACAUAGCAUUGGGAAACUGUUUUGACAGAUUUGCUCGUAUUGUCAAUCUCUCGAAUGAUCCUAGUCCAGGUUACAAUAUUGAACAGUUGGCAAAACAAGGAUCUAAAUUUUUCGAAUUACCUUAUUCAGUAAAAGGUAUGGAUGUUUCAUUCGCUGGAUUAUUAUCAUAUUUGGAAGAACGUGCUCCUAAACUCUUAGAAACAGGUGAAUAUACUGUAGCUGAUUUAUGCUUCAGUCUACAAGAAACAGCUUUUGCUAUGGUUGUUGAAAUCACUGAACGAGCUAUGGCACAUUGUAAUGCAAAGGAGGUUCUCAUUGUCGGUGGAGUUGGUUGCAAUGUUCGUUUACAAGAAAUGAUGGGUUGUAUGGCUGAAGAACGUGGUGCCAAAUUAUUUGCAACCGAUGAACGAUUUUGUAUUGAUAAUGGCGCCAUGAUAGCACACACUGCAUGUUUGAUGUUUAAUGCUGGUUUGUGUUUCCCUCUGAACGAUUCUAUCGUCUCUCAACGCUAUCGUACAGAUGCCGUCGAUGCAGUUUGGCGUGAUGACUGACCUCAGUUGUAUAUUACUUGGAAAUAUUUUCUUACAUCAAGAAUAUAAUAACUGCUAUUUUCAACUCUUUUUUUUAUAUAAACACUGUUCGACUUUUGUAUAUACUACGCUUAUAAUUGAUCUAGAAAUGUUGACAUAUUCUACUAGUGUAAAUUUAUAAGCGCUUAUUAACUUAGGAUUGAGUGUAAGUGUACAAAAGUAUACUAUAAUUGUGGUUGGUAAAGUAUGCUUAAAUUUAUAGUUUCCAUUCAUUCACUCCAAUGAGAUUUUUGUCAUACAUACUUCGAACAAAACUGGGGUUUACUAGAAGUGUACUUCAGUUUACCAGUUGGAUGUGAUUUCUAUGUAUCAGGAGUCAUGUUGAUCAGGGCAGUUUUUUUUCUUUCUAAUGACGGAUGGACACCAGCUACAAAAUCAUUAGACGCCGAAAACACUAAUUGUCUUUUAGGAGUUUUCAGCGAUACGAAUCCAUGUGAGGAUUAUAUUCCACAGUUGAUUUUAUGACAUAUCUGAUAAUCAGAUGCAAUACAGUUCUCUGUGUUCUUUAACUUAUUUUUGUUUAGUAGUAUUAUGCAGACGCAGUAUAUCAUGAACUUUCAUAUUAAACAUAUAUGUUAGAAUCCAACCAAUACACUUUGUAUCUGCAAGCUACACUGGUUACUAUCCACCGUCUCCAUAUAUAUCUCUCUCUUUCUCUAUUUGAGGUUUAGGAGUAUUCGCAUGACUCUAAUACUCAAACUUACAAUUAAGUUUGAUAUUUAUACCUAAUAAUUACUUGCUGUUAUAGUGAAAACCAAUAGUUUUCCCUACAUAGUUAAAUAUAUGACCAUGGAUACAAAAUCAAUUGGUUGCAAUUACUCUCUGAGUAAUUGUCAUUGUAUCAUACCUGCAUGUUUGAUAUAUGAUAAUGGUUUGAAUUCAGAUGUACAGUUUUCUGAAUAAGAUGUAUGAUGUUACUGUUUGAUAAUAUUAUUUUCUAUGGAAACUUUUUCAUAUUCUUCAAAGUUUAUUAAUAAUAAAAUGUAUUUAUCACCUUCAUUCGUUUUUCUUUUCUGUUUCUGCUUGCAACUUCUUUUUCAAUAGAAUUCAAGCUUGUUUCCUGUAAAU